GGUAUAUAAAAAAACCUGUAAUAUGUUACACAGGAAGAAAUAUAUUUAAAUGAAGUGUGGCUGCAAAAAUAAGCAAUGGAUUCGACGCUAUCCUUCUUUAGUCUACCAUUUGUAGACUCCGAGAGUGCUGAGUUGGCACUAAAUAUCAAAAACGUGAAUCCAGACUGUGGUUAUGACGAGCUUCACUCCAGCUUGCCCGCUCACAGCGGCUUGCUCGGUCACGACGACGUGUUGGCCCAGUUCCUGUCCCCAGACGAGCCGCUGGAGGAGCCCGACCUCAACGGCCCUGCCACCUUGCACUGCGAGAUAUGUCAGAAGAAGUUUGACAAUGCUAAGAAAUACUAUGGUCAUCUUAGAAUACAUUCCAAGGGCAAUGCUUGGGUUUGUGACAAGUGCCCGGACCAGAAGUUUGCCACGAAGCAGCACCUCAUGAAGCACAGCCUCAGCCACAAGCCCCUGGAGCGAGUGUGGCGCUGCCAGCACUGCACUCUGUCCUUUGAGGCCCUCUGGAGGCUCCAGCAGCAUCUCUUCUCCACCCAUUUAGAGUACAGGCCCCACAAAUGUGAUGAAUGUGAAAAAGCUUUCCAUAAAAAAUCUGAUUUAAAGCGGCACAAAGACAUGCACAGCAAUGUAAAGAAAUUCGCCUGUUCAGUAUGUGAGAUGGAGUUCAAAGACAAGUGCAAUCUUAAAAGGCAUAUGUUGCGUCACACCAACGACAAGCCCUACUGCUGUGCGGGCUGCGGCAAUAGAUAUAAACAGUUGGCAUCCAUGAAAAGGCACAGUGUGAAGUGUCCCAAAAAUCAGAACAACAUAAAUGUGGAGCCCAAAGUCCGGAAGAACCACUGCAGAGUGUGCGGCUUGACGUUUCAGUACAAGAGUGCUUUGUUGGAACAUUGCGUCAGGCAACACUCAAACCCCGCCGGCACCACCAACCCCCCCGCCGCCGCGGAGCCCGAGAAGCCCCACGUGCAGCUCACCAUGGACCACAACCGCCUCGACACCAUCGUAGACGACAUACUCGCCGCCGAGGACGACUACCUCUCCCUCUCGCACAACAACAUCCUCAACUACAACCAGAACGAGACACAAGAUAACAACGACAACCUCAUGCAUGUGGAAUUCCUAAAAGCAAUGAAUCAGCUACACAGUCUUGAUGAUGAACUGUUUUAUAACGAUCUAGAUUUAGACAACUUCCAAGCUUCGCAUAUAUUCAACAUGAAUACUAAUGAUAUGGACUACGGUGAUAAAAAUGGUGAAAUCCUAUUUGAUUUCGCUGAUAAUGGGAGAAGUAUGGACCAAGAUAUAAUGAAUGUGCUCUCCGAUGUUGCAGUCCCGGAGACUAAGACUGAACCUGUACAAAAUCCUCCGGUUUCAGUUAACGAGUGUGCGACCAUUUUUGAAAGUGACGUAGAUUUGGAAGCCAGUACUAAUCUAGCGGCUAAUCUGAAUCAGUUGAUUGGUGAGAAUAAUGUUCAUUACGUUUCAACUGAAGACGAUGAUACAUUUAUAAUUAGUUUGAACAGUGCUAUAGACGCUGAACAGUUGACGGAUAUGUUGAAUAUAGGAGUUGAACUAGUUGAAAAUAAUGAAGAGAAAGCAUCGGAAGUAUCACCGGAACUGGAUAAGACUGAUUACCAGAUAGAUGAGCCUAUUGUAGUGAAAAUUGAAGAGCCUGUACUGAAUAAUGUAGUGCCUAAUGAUAAUAAGGAAAAUGUUGGAGUAAAGCCAAAGAUCAAGAAAUGCACUUUAUUUAUUUGCCGGACGUGUAAUAAAGUAUUUAAGAAGAAGGAAAAUUACAAGUCUCACAAAGCAAUUCACAACCCGUCCCUGCGCGCUCACCGCUGCCGCUCGUGCGGUCUCCGCUUCAGCUACCGCUCCACGCUCAACAAGCACCGCGCCGCGCACGAGCACUUGCCCAAGCGGCAGAUCCCGUGCGAACACGAGGGGUGUGACAAGGUGUACGACGCGGCGUGGAAGUUGAAAAAUCACGUGGAGCGCGACCACGAAAAGCUGGCGCCGUACAAAUGUGACAGAGAGGGUUGCGGCAAGAGGUUCUACAAGCAAUGCGACUUGCAGAAGCAUGACAGGUUCCACUCCGGCGAGCGGCCGUAUUCUUGCGACAUCUGCCAGCGCGCCUUCCAGCAGAUCUCGCAUCUCAAACGCCACGUACGGACCGUCGACUGCACUCAGUAUGCACAUCGAUGACGAUUCCGGAGCUACGCUAAUUUACUUAUGAAUAACUACUAUAGUUAAUGCCAAUACUGUGAUAACGCCCUUUGUUAAUAUAAUAUUAAUUAUGAGUAUUAAAUAUACUUGAACAUAGU